GUCGCAGCAUCACGCACUCCAAAGAAAGAAGAGACCAGAAAAGAAAGUCGCUUUUCGUCCUCCGUUAAUCGCCAAGGUCCUCCCUCCUCUCGAUCCCCCGUCUCGUGCCUGCUCCACCGAUCUCUCCCCGUCCCGAGAUCGCGUCAGAGCCACUCGCUUUCCUCCCCUCCCCGCCUCCUGCGUCUCCGAGGCCGGGAAGAAAGAGACGCCGCCGUCGGCCUACCUCGGUACCUCCUCCCCGCGAGGAGCGAGCGUCCACCCUUUUGUGUCCUGGAUUGAACGCUUUGCUGAUCAUCCGAUCGGAAAGACGUGGCUGCAAUCGUGCCAUGUUCUGCGGCAGUGGCAAUUACCCUGUAGCACAGUUAUUGGAGUUUACAGUUACAGGCUUCAAGUGGGCUCUUGCUAUUUGAUUCUUACAGUUUGCAGAACACAUUCCAAUUGAUCAGAUGAAAGUCAUGUCUGUUUAUUCUGAAGUGUAGCAUCAUCGCUGCUUUUUGAAUAAAUAGCAUUUCUCUACACAGAACACUGCAAAAUGGAUCGUAGAGAUACAUCAGGGUUUGUAAGUGGGGGCUGCAAAGAUUGGACUGCUAAGCACUAGAUUUUCUAACUUGGUAGCUUUUCUGACCAUUAUUUAAUCUGGAAGCGGGGUACUUCUCCAUAGAGGUUGGCUGGGCUUGGGCACCUGAGAUCACUGCCACUGAGAACAAUGGACCCCAGGCAACUGUCAGGGUUUACUAUAAGUUUCUCAAAUGGAAGUGCCUUCGUGAACGAGUUCUCUGUCAUUCCUGGAGCCAUCCAUCCAACAGCUAGUCCUAGUCAACUUGAUGUGCUAGGUGGGCACAGUUUGUACAACCAGCCCAGAGGGACCAAGAGAAAAUUUGAUGGCUUGUCGCUGAGUCUGGGAAACUCAUCAUGCUCAGAUUCCAGCAAGCAAAGCAUGCCUACUGGCUGCACCAUUUCUUCUGCUAAAGGUACCGAUGAUGGUUCUUCUGUUGAUUUGGGCUUAAGUUGUUUUACUCCUGGCAAUGAAGGCACCUCCAGGCUCGAUAAGACGGCUUCUGAUUUUAGGAGGGCUUCUGCAAAAGCUGGGCUGGAUCUUGAGUUAUCUUUGUCUGUUGGACCAUGUCAAUCUGGUAUUACUGGCGCAGACCUGAUUGCAGCAACCAAACAGAAUAACACAUUUCUGGAAUCUUGCAUGAUGCAUGAUGUUCCAACAGUUGAUGAAGGGUCUACAUCUCUCCGGCGACCAUCUGGUGGCCAGGUCCGUGCAUUCAUGCACAAGACUGCAAAAAUGGCUGGAGUACCUCUGAGACAAGUUUUCCCAGGUAGCUCUAGCAGGACUCAAGGUUCAAUUAUAAUGCCAACAUUUCCUCAACUACAAGACAGUCCACCAGCCUAUACUUCCGGGUUUGUCAGUCCACCACAGCGCAGCAUUAGCACAAAAGUUUGUUCUUUUCCGGGAUGUCGAAAAGGAGCCAGAGGUUCCUCAGGACGAUGCAUUGCACACGGUGGGGGUAGAAGGUGCCAGAGAGAUGGUUGCAACAAAGGUGCUGAGGGCAAGACCAUCUACUGCAAAGCUCACGGAGGGGGAAGGCGCUGCGAAGAACUUGGGUGCACCAAGAGCGCUGAGGGCCGUACUGAUUACUGCAUCGCCCAUGGUGGUGGCCGACGUUGUAUCAAUGAAGGUUGUAGGAGAGCAGCAAGAGGGAAAUCUGGCCGCUGUAUUAGACAUGGUGGUGGAAAAAGGUGUCAACAGGUGAACUGCACAAAAAGUGCAGAAGGGCGCUCAGGCUUAUGCAUUGCUCAUGGAGGUGGCCGCCGUUGUAUGCAGGCUGGUUGCAGCAAAGGUGCCCAAGGUAGUACUGAUUUCUGCAAAGCCCACGGUGGUGGCAAAAGAUGCACAAAUCCCACUUGUACCAAGGGUGCAGAAGGAAGCACGCCAUUCUGCAAAGCCCACGGAGGAGGUAAACGUUGCGCAACCCAAGGUUGCACGAAAAGCGUACAUGGGGGGACCCAAUUCUGUGUGGCUCAUGGAGGUGGAAAGAGGUGUGCUGUAGAAGGAUGUACCAAGAGCGCAAGAGGCAGUACUGAUCGCUGUGUUGCUCAUGGUGGAGGCAAGAGAUGCAAAUCUUCUGGCUGUGACAAGAGCGCACAGGGAAGCACUGAUUUCUGCAAGGCCCAUGGAGGAGGCAAACGUUGUUCAUGGGGCCAUCAAGGAUCUGAACUUGGAGGCCCUCCUUGUGAUCGUCUUGCAAGAGGCAAAAUGGGCAUGUGUGCUCUUCACAACCCGCUGUUGGAAGAUGAUCGCAUCCAUGGGGGGCGAUCACUGGGUGCUUUCAGCAUCACGGGUGAUGCCCUUGAUCAUGGAGAUUGCUUUGCAAACACUGAAACGAGCAGGAACAACCUUUUCAGGCAUCCAGUGGAAGCUCCUAGUCGUGUGCCGUUCCCAGCCUCUGACCGUCGGGUUCAUGGUGGUGACAGCAUUGUGUCAAUGUUUGCUAAUGGCCUGAGCUUCGGAAACAAAUCCGCCAACGACACCGAGGCCAGUACCUCAACACCACACAACUGGAAACCUUCUUCUGAUCGCCGCAACCGGUUAUAGUGCCCCUACGUUUGCUGCCUGCCUUCCAUUUCGACAUGACUCGUUCCAUCUGGCAAGUAUCUUCUACUCCUGUGCUUCGGUGCAAAAUUCUAUGUGUGAUUGUGAUCUAUUGUCUCCUGGAUUUAUGAGCAGUAUUGUCCUAAUGUCCUCAUGCAUGCUUCACAUUAGUCAUUCCUGUGUGAGAUAUAUAUAAUAAUAGGGGAAAUAUAGCAUGAUAGGUGUUCAAGUGUGAAUUUUUAGGUCCUGUACUAAAGUCCGUAGUGGUAUCCCAAGUUAAUCCUGUUGGUAGUUCCUGUCUGUUAUAUCUGGAACUUUAUUGGAAAUAUUGAUGUCACAGAUGUUGUAAACAAUAAAAGGGUGUUUCCCGUCUGUUUUCUCUGUCGUAAAUAAAGUUAUGAUACACUUUAUGUUGUAAA